AUGUCGAGCGAUGUCGCUCGAAAAGACAAGUCGCGACUGGAAGGGAUUCCAGACGUUAUCGACCAAGUAGAGCUCCAGGAUGACAAGUCUGAUGACCUUCCUGUGCCCCAGGUUUCGGUUGGCAUAGAUGGGUUUGAAGACCCGGUUGUCACUAGAAGAGAGCUAUGGAGCUACUAUCUGUAUUACAACGGGAAUAAUUCCCUGGCGUACGGCGCAGGUUACGAUCCCGUGAAAGGACCCGCAUUUCCUUGCACCGCAGAGAACGCUUCUGGACAGUGUGUAGUGCCUUGGGGUGGAGGUACCAAGUCCGUUGCGAGUGUUGUCUUGAUCGCGAAUGGAGUUAGCUUUGGAGUCAUGGCCCUGAUCUUUACCACCAUUGGAUCUGCUGCCGACUUUGGCUCCUUCGGGAAAUGGUUGCUGCUCACUAUGACCUGUAUUUGCUGGGCUUCACAGUAUGCAAGCAUGAGUUUAACCGAUCCUUCGCGAUGGGGAAUAGCCAUGGCCUUAUUCAUGAUAGGUUUCAUCUCGUAUGGUGCGACCCUAGUGUUCUACGCUGCACUCUUCCCUCGGGCUGGGGAUGUAUCUAAAGAAGAAUACGAGAUGGAGGAAAGCCUGGAGAAGAACAGAAUUAGUAACAUAAGCACGAUGCACAGCAAUAUUGGCUACAUUGCGACCCUCUGCCUUAAUCUGACUUUAUUGAUUCCUCUGAAGGACCAUCCGCUGGUAAACAACUACGUCCUUGUUCUUGUCAACACGUACUGGGUGCUCACGGGAAUUUGGUGGUUUGUGUUCCAACAACCCCGUCCUGGGCCAAGGUUACCGAAAGGCCAGUCGUACCUGACCAUAGGCUGGAAACAGAUCUGGAUGGCUCUGAAGCAAUAUCGACAACUCCCGUUCACAUUCACCUAUCUUGUCGCGUUCUUCCUACUGGCAGAUGGGCUGAACACGACAGGGACAUUAGUCUCAAUUUGUCAGAACGAGAAAUUCUCGUUCAGCUUUCUGCAAAACACCUAUCUCGGUCUAGCUCAAGCUAUUACUUCGACAGCAAGCACACUUGGAUUUUGGUACGUUCAAAGGCACUGGAAGAUUCCCACGAAAAAUAUGUUCAUUGUCACAAACAUUGUGUCCACGCUGAUUCCUCUGUGGGGGAUGGUUGGGCUUUGGACACAACGAUUUGGCUUCCACAAUGCUUGGGAAUUCUGGGCAUACAACGUCGUCUUCGGUAUUUUCCAAGCCCCAUACUACGCGUUUUCGCAGACCAUGAUGGCGGAACUCACACCCCUCGGCUUUGACAAUAUGUUCUUUGGAUUAUUUGGCCUAUCCAAUCGAGCGUCCUCGAUGAUUGGUCCCAACGUUAUCCAGGCAAUCAUCGACAAGUCGGGAAAUAAUUGGAAAGGAUUCCCGUUCCUCUUCGCACUGUGCAUAUCGGCGUCGCUCAUCAUCUGGCUGGGAGUUGACGUCCCAAAAGGGAGGAAGCACGCUGCAUUGUGGGCGGAACGUAGGUGA